ACCAAGAACGAGGUACACUUGGAGUUCCAUCCGAACGACGAAGCGGACGUUCAGCUCUCUGAAAUGAGAUUCUACGUGCCACCGUCCCUCGCGUCCGCUGUCGGUGAUGGCAUCGCCGACGACAAAGACGCAGCCUAGGAAUUCCACACCAAAAUCACGUCGCAUGCCGACAUUCUUCGUGUGUCUGGCGAUGCGCUCAUUACGUUUGACGAAAUGUCAUGCUUGGUGCCUCGUGGACGCUACACAGUGAAAGUAUACCCAGGGUUUCUCUUCCUGCAUGGCAAGUCGUACGACUUCACCGUUCCCUUUCAGUCCAUCGUGCGACUCUUCCUCUUGCCUCACAACGACAUGCGACAAAUGUACUUUGUGGUGGCUAUGGACCCUCCCAUGAGGCAGGGCCAGACGCGCUACCCUUUUCUGAUUCUCAUCCUCAACAAGGAAGAGUCGAUGGAAGCAGAGGUGGCAUUGUCAGAAGAAGAGCUGGAGAAGCAGUACCAGGGUAAGCUGACUCAGCAGAUGAAUGGGCCUAUUUACGAGGUGCUGAGCCGCGUCAUGAAGGCGGUCGCUUCAAAGAAGAUCGUCGUGCCUGGCAAUUACCGAAGUCAGCGCGGCGGGCAGUGCAUCAGCUGCAGCUACAAGGCCAACCAUGGCAUGCUAUUCCCGCUGGAGAAGGGCUUCAUCUUCGUGCACAAGCCCGCGCUGCACGUGCGCUUCGAUGAGGUGGUCGCCGUCAAUUUCUCGCGCGGCGGCACUGGAACUCAUCGGUCGUUUGACUUUGAGUUAGAAGUCAAGAAUAACAUUGUACACAUCUUCCAGAGUAUGGACAAAGAUGAGUACAGUCGCUUGUAUGACUUCUGCUCAGCCAAGAAGCUCAGGAUCCGCAAUAAGGGCGGCAAGUCGGGCAGUGCAACGUAUCGCGAUGACUUUGACGACGACGACAGUGACCAAGAUGCGUAUUUGGGGAAGGUGAAGGCGGAGGGUGCUUCCCGCAUGGACGAUACAGACUCUGAUGAUUCAUCGUAUGUUGCUGGCGGUAGCGGAGAGGAUAGUGCUGGUGAUUUGGAGUUUGAUUCUGAUGCUAUGUUGUCGAGUGAUGAGGAGAAUGCAGCCAAGACAAUCCCGGCUGUGGAUGAGAGCAAGAAGAGGAAGAAGGCACCAAGCAAGCCGAAGCAGCCAAAGGAGAAGGUAGAAAAAGCAGAAAAGAAAGAAAAGAAGGAACCGAAAGAAAAGAAGGAACGGAAAGAGAAGAAGGAAAAGCCAUCAGCCAGCUCUACGAGUGUGGCGAAAGCCAAGAAGAAGGAAGCACCGAUCUCGAAGGAGGAGAUCAGUGAUAGUGACAGUGGUGGUAGUGAUGUUGUCAUGGAGGAUGAGAGUGAUGAUGAUGGGGCACCGCCGGCAAAGAGGUCCACACGCUCACGACGCGGACAGUCGAACGACGAGGAGCUAGCCCAGCUGCCGUCCGAAGGCUCGAAUGAUGAGGAAGAAGCCGAGCUAACGUCUGGAGCUAGUGACGUAGGCAGUGAUGAUGGUGAUGAAAGCGACUGAGCAGACUGAGCUAAGCUUGCUUGUGCGUGCGUGGGACCAUUGGUAACCAUUUGCCGUGCGUCGACUCCCUGCUGUUUCCGUGCUUUGUGUGUUGUUGUCGCUGUGUGUCUUUGUGUGUGUGCGUGUGUGUGUAUGUGUGUGCGUGUGUGUGUAUGUGUGUGUGUGCGUGCGUGCGUGCGUGCGUGCGUGCGUGCGUGCGUGUGUGUGUGUGUGUGUGUGUGUGCGUUUGUGUGUGGUGUGUGUGUGGUGUGUGUGUGUGUGUGUGUGUGUUGUGUGUGUGUGUGUGUAUGUGUGUGCGUUCAUUUUCAUGAAUGUGUUCAUUCACGUGUUGUGUUGUUAAAUUUGUUUUACUAUGUUGGCGUCUCGUUGUCUUUGUGUGGCUUUGAACAUUAAAUUACACUGCUGCAUGUUGAGCCGUACGUUGCAGUACAUCAGAUGUUCAUGUGCCAUUGAAUGUAUAUAUUGGACCCUGUAGUAAUUCCCACACUGUUGCUGCCACCGAAAGUCAUACAGUUUGGUUGUACAUGUUACAAUACCCCGUAGCCUUCUCUGUUUCUGCCACUUCUUAUGCUGCUUAGGCUUUCUCACACUUCUAUGACCUGGCCUGGUUGCCAUGGGUUUUUUUAAAGACUUGAAUUCCUUACUCUGAUUGAGCCUCUGUCUGUGAUUCGAUGCUCUUAUACACGCUUUGCUUUGCUUGGCCAACUACUCGCUUCACUGCUUUUGUAUUCGGUGAAGAUUGCUUGUGUGUGGUUACGGCAGGGAGUAGGACAAUACUUCCUGGUUUACGGUGA